UCCUUGGCAUUCGAUUCCUCCCAACCCUGUGGUUUUAUACAAUAAUAUUAUUCUGAUGUCUACACAAACUGACAGAUGGGAAGGGAAUUGGAUGCAACCAUUAUCUCCAAAGAAUAAAGCUACAAUACAACCUCUAUAAAUUUCUAAAUAAUUUCUUCCGUAAACCAAGAUUGACUGACCGGAGAGACAGAGCAAGAACCGUCAUAAGCACAAACAUAUGGCCCAAUCUCCGGUGUAUCACAGGCAACGACAUGGAUGGGAAACGACAUCCCAUGAUUACCAUGUUCAUGUUGCAAAAAUAGAAAGGAUGCCAAGUGUUCUAGCUGAUGUGCCUCGCUACCCAAAUGUCCACAGGGUCUUUAACAACAAAGUGGUUCGCGACGAAGAACCUGAAAUGAUCGUUCAAGAGCGUGUCGAUAAGCCCACCAAGCCCAAUAAGAAGGUUCAGUUAGUAGAGCAAGAGCAAAUGAUUGUCCAGGAUAACUCUGCAGGGAUCCAUGAAGUUGUUGAGAAGAGUAUUGAUGCAGAAACUGAUGGAUAUCUCCAACAGAAGCAUAAGGCAUUUGAGCUAUGCAAAUGGAAGACUUUCAAGUUGCAUUAAUUUUAUUAUUAGGAUUUGGGAACACGUGUGAGCUAUAUAUAGUUCUGUUUGCUACUAAUUAACGCAGCUAUUUAAAUAAAAGAAGGCUUUGUCUUUCUCUUUGUCUGCACAACACAACUAUAUAAUUAUAAUUCUUUCUGGGUUGGCCUGUUUUAGCAUGUUAAAGUCAUGCAUUUUCAUAGAUUCUGUUUUUCAGAUUUCUAAUAAAAUAGUUAAUUUAAUAUAGUA